GCCUGCGUUAAAGGAUAUCCCUGCGGGUGGACUAGCCUACCCACUGUUCACUGGUUCCUCAGACACUCAGGGAUACAGAAAGUAUUGUGCACCUUACAAGCAAUAAGAUCCAAUACCCCGCAACGGGUCUGAAAGACGGUACAUGACCAUGGCACUUAAAAGAAUACAAAAGGAGCUCCACGAUCUCCAAAGGGACCCCCCGGCCCAGUGUUCAGCUGGGCCUGUUGGAGAAGACAUGUUCCACUGGCAAGCUACAAUCAUGGGCCCGAGUGACAGCCCAUACCAAGGAGGUGUCUUCUUUCUCACAAUCCACUUCCCUACAGAUUAUCCUUUCAAACCACCAAAGGUUGCUUUUACCACAAAAAUAUAUCACCCAAACAUCAACAGUAAUGGCAGUAUCUGUUUGGAUAUUUUACGAUCACAGUGGUCUCCUGCUCUAACAGUAUCAAAAGUUCUGUUGUCCAUAUGCUCUUUGCUCUGUGACCCGAACCCUGAUGACCCCUUAGUGCCAGACAUUGCACACAUCUACAAAUCAGACAAAGAAAAAUACAAUAGACUAGCGAGAGAGUGGACCCAAAAGUAUGCAAUGUGAAACAAAAACAAAACCCUUUACAAAACUGGCCAUUUUUGAGUCACAGACCACUGUAAAUUCCUAGUAUCUUAAAGAAAAUAAACUUAGGUGAUAUUAUAACACAUCAUACUGUUAACAUUACCAACUGACGACCAUUUGUAGAGCAUAGAAGUUAGGUUUUAUGGGCGGAGCAUGGACCAUUCCGGAGGCUAAUUUUGAGGAUGUGCGCAGUGCAGUCUGCUUCCCCUUUCCACCCUUUUUUUGGGCACUUUUUUUUUCUUUUUCUUCAUUUUGUAAAUCUUAUUUAAGAGAAUUGAGGCAUGGCGUUUUGUUGGCGAUGAACCAAGUAAAGAGGGAAAUUAAGGAAUUGUUGCAUUUAUUUUUUUCAUUUAUUUUUUUUGUUUUUAGUUGAUCUUCAUUUUCAUUUAGAGAUUUUUAUUGUAUAGUGUAAAGACUAUACUGAAUCUAUUUUUAUUAUUUUGCAUUAAAAAUGGAUUUUAAAAGUU